UGCUCGGAUUGUUUGUGAUGCGAAAUUGCAGCGAAGCCAGUGGGCAGAGCGAUAGCGCAGCAUUGCGAAUAAAAUGAAUGAAAAGUGUCGCCUGUGUUUGGAGGAAGUGCAGUGUGCCAUUGCCGUCUCGAUAGUGGACGAGUCGUUUCAGCAAAAGCUGCGAAAUGUGUUUUUAUUCGAGAUCUCGACGGAAGAGCCCUUACCGGAACAGGUAUGCCAGCAGUGCCAAACGACAGUGGCCGAGUUUCACGUCUACAGCCAGCAGGUGGAGGCGAACCAGCGCCAGCUAAGGUUAGAGCUGGCGACGGACAUGGAUGUUGAGCCGGAACCGGUCAAGGUAGAGCCGACCCUUAAGAUUGAAAUCUUGCCAGCGGAAGGGCUGGAGGAGCUGCCGCCGGGCAUUGAGUGUGUGGAUGUGAAGGAAGAGUACGAUGGAAGCAUUACGGCCCAGUCGGAAUCGGACUUGGAUGCGAGCACGGACGAUGAGUACGUCGUGGCGACCCGGCGCAAGGUCCGUCGUAAAGCGCGCGAACGAAAGGAGCGAAAGGAGCGAAAGGAGGAGAGCGCAGAGCGGGGCAAAGACAAAUCGGAAGGGAAUGGGGCGGCCCGGCAGCAGGAGAAAGACGACCGGAUCAAGGAGUUCUACACGCUGGAGUGCGAAAUCUGCUCCAUCCUGUUGGAUGACUUUGUGCAGCUGCAGGAGCACUACCAGCUGGUGCACGACACCCGCGGCUAUAUACGGUGCUGCAACAAGCAGCUCUUCCAUCGCUACACGCUGCUCGACCAUAUCGCGGUGCAUCGGGGAACGAUCCGGUGCGAGGUGUGCGACAGAACGUACAAAACGAAGCGCUACCUGGCGCUGCACAUGGCCAAAAGCCACGGCACGGAGGAGGAGCGCCCGUUCAAGUGCGACCAGUGCGGGCUGGCCUAUCCGAAGCAGUAUCUGCUCCGGUCGCACCAGCUGAUGCACGUGCAAGCGGAGUGCCACGUCUGCAAGAAGGUGCUGUCGAGCAAUUACGCCCUCAAGGUGCACCUCACGCAGAUGCACAGCGACGAUGGGAACCAGAUCUGUGCGACGUGCGGCAAAAUUUUCCGCACCAAGGCGGCGAUGGAGCGGCACAUCAAGGAGCAUAUGGGGCUGGAGCCGAUCGAGCGGAUGCAGUGCGAGUACUGCCAGAAGUGGUUCAACGGGAAGUACAAUCUGAACAAGCACAUUCGCUUCCUGCACAACGAGCGGGGGCAGGUGUUUCGGUGCGAUCUGUGUGCGCACGAGAGCCCGAACAGCCGGGCCCUGUCGUACCACAAGCAGCGGGUGCAUGUGCAGGAAAAGCACGAGUGUGAGCUGUGCGGCAAGCGGUUCAAGCGGAAGCUGUAUCUGCGCGAGCACAUUGCGUCGCACACGAACGUGCCACUGUACACGUGCGAGUACUGCGGGAUGAAAUUUAACUCGCACGCGAACCAUUUUACGCAUCGGAAAAACAAGCACCCGGAGGAAUGGGAAGCGCACAAGCGGAUGCGGAUGUUGAAGAAGAUGAGGUGCGAAACUUUAACGCCUUUAGUGAAGCGAACGUUUAGUGAAGCGAACUGCCACCACUGUGAGCGAACGUUUCACACCCAGCGGCAGCUGAAUCAGCACCUGCCCGCGCACGAAACGACGGUAUGCAAGAUCUGCGGCAAAACGGUGAACGUUCGGUACCUGAAGCAGCAUACCGCACUGAUACACGGCACGGUACGCCAGGGCUACAUGUGCGAUCUGUGCGGGAAGAACUUUUCCAGCAGCUUGGCGCUGGACCGGCACAUCAAGCAGCACCAGGGCAUCGAGACGAUCGAGAAGCUAGACUGUCCGCAUUGUGGCAAGCAGCUGAACGGGAAGUACAACCUGCAGAAGCAUGUGCGCUGCAUGCAUGUGGAGGCGGGCAAGAGUUACCGGUGCGAGGUGUGCGGCCACUUCAGCCCGAACAGUGUGGCGCUGGAGAACCACAAAAAGCGGGUGCACACGGGCGAACACUUUGAGUGUGGGGAGUGUGACAAGCGGUUCAAGCAGAAGAUUUACCUGACGGAGCACGUGGCGGCGCUGCACACGCGCAAACCGCUGUACGCGUGCGAGUUUUGCGAGGCUACGUUCAAGUCGAGGGCGAACUACUACACGCACCGGAAGACCCGGCACCGGGCAGAGUGGGAAGCGCUCAGGGAGGAGAGGAAACAAGGGGAGGGCAAGAGAUUGUUUGCCGCGGCGGAUGUGAUCACUGGAGUCGUCUAGGGAAUGGUUUGUUUUUGGAGAUGUGUACGAGGUUUUGCUUUGUUUGUAAUAACGAAAAGAUUAAAUUAUUUUAAUGCAA